AUGAAUGGGCUAGUAUUAGGGAGAGGAAUCACCGAUCAACAAUUAUCGUAUAAUCAUGCUUCGCCGCAAUUCAAUACAAUCUCAUCGAGUCUCUGCUCUACAUCAGAUACAUCAACUCAAUGCUCAUUUUUAAAUACAAGUCAAGUUACAACUCCUUUUGGGAUACAUCCUUUUCCAUCACUUCACAUAUUCAAUCCAUUUCAAUUUCAUGAUUUCAAUCAUUCUUAUUCAUCAUCGUGCACACCGUCUCAAUCCACUCCACGUACAAGCACUCCUCAAAUGUCAGCCAAAAAAGCGUCGAAGCGUCAACGUACACGCAUUUCUACUCAUGAUGUAGUGAAGACUUCAAAUGUUCACACAUCUAAUUAUUUAUCGGAGGAUGCCGUAAGUAUAUUAAAUUCGUGGUAUUAUUCGCAUAUUGAAAAACCCUAUCCAACGAGUGAUCAAAAAUCAGAACUAGCCGAACAAUGUGGUGUUUCGUUAAAAAAGGUUUCAACAUGGUUUAAUAAUCGUCGAACACGUUCAAAUAAUACUCGACCAAAACAAAAAAUAGCCGAAUUACAACGACAAGUUAAAAUUCUUCAAGAAAAGACAUUUCUUUGA